AUGGCUACGCUACCCUACGCCGACGUCGAUUCCAGCCUAAGAGCCCUAGCCGGUAAGGCCGAAGGAUUCGGUCGCCUCUCCAUUGGCGGUCUUAACGGCCCUAUUUACACGGUCACUAACUUAUCCGACGAUGGUCCAGGUUCCCUUCGUGAAGGCUGUCGUAAAAAAGACCCUCAAUGGAUAAUCUUCGAAAUCUCCGGCACCAUCGAUUUAUCAUCUUAUCUAAGUGUCUCAUCUCACAAAACAAUCGACGGCCGUGGUCAACGAAUCAAACUUACUGGAAAAGGCUUAAGACUAAAUGAUUGUGAACAAAUAAUCAUAUGUAACCUUGAAUUCGAAGGUGGAAGGGGACAUGAUGUUGAUGGCAUUCAAAUAAAACCCAAUUCUAAAAACAUAUGGAUUGACCGUUGUAGCCUUAAAGAUUACGACGAUGGACUCAUCGAUAUAACUCGAUCAAGCACAGACAUAACUGUUUCUCGAUGUCUUUUUCAACAACAUGAUAAAACAAUGUUGAUUGGAGCAAAUGCAUCUCAUAUUGACGAUAGAUGUAUUAGAGUUACAAUUCACCAUUGUUUUUUUGAUGGAACUAAUCAAAGGCAGCCUCGUGUUAGGUUCGGGAAAGUUCAUCUUUAUAACAAUUACACUAGGAAUUGGAGCGUUUACGCGGUUUGUGCUAGCGUUGAAGCGUUUAUCUUUUCGCAAUGUAAUGUUUAUGAGGCUGGUGAUAAGAAGAAAACUUUUGAAUAUUAUCCUGAAAAAGCAGCUGAUAAGGAAGAGGAAAAAUGUGGAAUGAUAAAGUCGGAAGGAGAUAUGUUUUUAAAUGGAUCCGAAUCGCGUUUGUUAACUAAGGAUGAGGCUUGUGUUAGUGUUGAUAAUUUUCAUCCGAGUGAAUUUUAUUCGAAAUGGACAUUUCAACCCGCGACUGAAUCUUUGAAAACUCUUCUUCAGACAUAUGCAGGUUGGCAAGCUGUACCAAGGCCUGCUGAUCUAGUAUCAAAUUAA